CAAAUUCUCCAGUCGACAAGACGGCCGCGAGCCCCACAAGCUAGGACCUAUACCUGUACUAUAGGCAAACGAAAAUGUCGAAUUUCUUAGCCAUCGUCGACCCUCCGAAGUCGCCGCCGUGCCACGACGUCCCAACCGGACGACAACGCUCUAUUUCAGCUCGUCAACGAAAUCCGACUCUAAAUACCGUCAUGAUAUCCUGUUUCGGAGACGUGGGCGUCGCUGUUGACCGUCGAUACCAGAUUACUAAACUAACACAGGGCGGAGCUGCUGAUAAAUCAGGACGACUCCAAGUCGGAGAUACAUUACUGCGAGUGAACGGCACUUGCACGGCGGCGUUGGAGUACGAGCGAAUCGUUUCCUUGUUGCGCAGCGUCAACGGCAACCUCGAACUGAAGGUAAUGGCGAGCGAGAGCUUAGUGUUCGACGCCGCCGCGAAGGGCUUCAACGAAGGGGCGGUACGAGAAGAAGCAAGUGGACGGCAAGAGGGACUGCGUAAGACGCGAACCGUGGCAUUCGACAUGCCGGACGACGGCGGCGGCGAUUCGCGUCGGCGGACCGAAUCCCGCCUGAUGCGUUCUCAGACGAUUGCGGCCGACGGUCGGCCGAGUGGCACGUUGGCGCGACGGAAUUUCGUGCAACUGCGAAACUGGCAGGCGGAUAGGAGAUACACCGACACACUGCACAGUCGCCAAUUUACGGUUCAUGAUUCUUUUUGUGACCAACACCAGUGUCAAGGGUCAAUAAUGUAUCCAGUUGGUGCUGAACUCAAAGCUGUUGCAGGUGAAAUCCGAUCCAAAGAUGAUGUAAUUCAGCAAGCUGAGGCAUUUCUCAACGAGUAUUUUGAGUCUCUGAAGAAGCGUUCAGAUAGCAAGAGCAAGAAAUGCAAACUGGAAGAGCAGCAAGCAAGGCGUAUGAAAGAAGUCAUUGCUCAGGUGGAGUUGACUGGUACGUACGAUUUGGAUGAGAAGGAACUUGUGUUUGGAGCUAAGCUUGCUUGGCGAAAUUCGCCUCGUUGCAUUGGACGUAUUCAAUGGAAUCGGCUUCAGGUGUUUGAUUGCCGUCACAUUAAUAGUGGAAAGGAAAUGGAAGAUGCUAUCAUUCAUCACAUCAAAUUCGCAACUAAUGAAGGCAAUCUUAGGUCUGCCAUUACUGUCUUUCCACAGAGGACAGGAAAGCGAGAUGACUUUAGAAUCUGGAGUCCACAGUUUUUUAGAUAUGCUGGUUAUAAAAUGGAUGACGGCAGCAUUGUGGGAGAUCCUGGCACUGUGGAGUUCACUGAGAAAUGUAUAGAAGUGGGUUGGCGACCACCAAAAGAAAAAGGCCAGUUUGAUUUACUUCCAAUAGUUGUACAUUCCCCGAACGAGUUACCAAAGUUCUUUGAUGUCUCAAGUGUUUGUCUGGAAGUUCCGAUAAGACACCCGGAAUUCUCGUGGUUCGAUGAUCUUGCACUUAAAUGGUACGCGUUACCUGCAGUGUCAAGUUUGAUGUUGGAUGUUGGUGGCAUUCAGUUUACUGCAGCACCGUUCAACGGAUGGUAUAUGGCUCCAGAGAUUGCAGCACGUAACUUUGGCGACUCCUACAGAUAUAAUAUGCUUGAGCCUGUUGCUGAAAAAAUGGGGUUGGACACGAGCAAUUACUCUUCUCUUUGGAAGGAUCGUGCACUGGUGGAGCUGAAUUUAGCUGUUCUCCACAGCUUUAAGGAAGCACAAGUGACUAUCUCCGAUCACCACAGUGCAGCCGAGUCUUUCAUGCAACACAUGGAAAAGGAAAUGUCACUUCGAGGUGGAUGUCCAAGUGACUGGGUAUGGAUUGUUCCUCCACUAUCCGGCAGUGCCACUCCCGUCUUUCAUCAGGAAAUGUUGAACUACAAAUUGAAGCCAAGCUUUGAAUAUCAGGAACCCGCUUGGAUGGCCAAACGAAUGGCAGACAAAGACAAUCCUACUGCAGCUACCAGAAGAGGCUCAAAGUUGACAUUAGCGUCCGCUGCAAGAGUUGUCAUGAUGUCGAUGUCAAUGUUCUCUCCUCACCUGAUGAAACGAGUUAAAGCAACCGUCCUGUAUGCAACAGAAACAGGGAAAUCGGAGCGGUAUGCCAAAGAUGUGGGCAAUUUGUUCAGUCAUGCUUUUGCCGUCAAUGUACAAUGUAUGGAAGAUUUUGUGUUUUCCGACAUAGAGUAUGAACAGCUGUUAUUGGUGGUAACGAGCACGUUUGGUAACGGCGACCCACCGGACAAUGGUGAGUCAUUUGGUCGUCAGCUGUAUGAAAUGCGGCAUCCGCCUGACGAGAAUCGAAGUAAACGAAAAGUGAGCAGUGUUAUUCACUUGGGACUGAGCGCAUCUGAGGGCGCAGUCAAAGAUGACUCACAGCCACUGGCCAAUGUGAGGUUUUCUGCCUUUGGACUGGGCUCCCGUGCUUAUCCUAACUUCUGUGCAUUCGCUCGUUCGGUCGACAAACUGCUUGGUGAAUUGGGUGGAGAGCGUAUUUAUGAGAUCGGUCAAGGAGACGAAUUGUGUGGUCAAGAAGAGUCUUUCAGGAAAUGGGUGAUUAGCUGUUAUGAAGCCGCAUGUAAGACUUUCUGUGUCGAUGCUAACCUCAAAGACUUUUCGGAUGCUCUGGCCUCAUCGUCAAGGGAGUGGCAGCCGGAUAAAUUUCGACUUGUAAUGCAGAAGAAGGAUACGGCGAAAGAGAUGGAUGUGUGUAAAUGCUUAUCUGAUUUACAUAAGAAGUCGGUGUUUCCUUGUCAACUCAUUUCGAGAACCAACCUUCAGAGUGAAGACUCGCCACGAUCCACGAUUCUAGUGAAGCUCGGCACCCAAGGCGAAGAACAACUUGCACACGAGCCUGGGGAUCAUUUGGCAAUAUUCCCACAAAAUCAACCUUCACUUGUGAAUCAGUUGCUAAAGAAAUUGGAUGGCGCUCCCUUGCCAGACGAGCCUCUUAUUGUUGAAUACGAAGUGGCUGUAAAAGAUCGUCAUGAAUGGAAACAGUCCGACAGAUUACCGCUGUGUACUCUGAGGCAGGCGUUUUCCCAGUUUCUUGACAUCACGACACCUCCAUCUCCACAAUUUCUUUCCAUCUUGGCUCCUCAGGCAACAGAUAAAGAUGAAAAUGCUCGUAUACUGGAGUUGUCUAAGGGAACGACUACGUACGAAGACUGGAAGUUUGACAAAUGUCCAAACAUAUGCGAAGUGCUCGAGGAGUUUCCUUCGCUGAAAAUUCCGCCAUCGCUGCUUUUAUCUCAACUGCCAUUGAUUCAGAGCAGAUACUACUCAAUCUCAUCGUCAAAAGACUACAUUGACGGAGAAAUUCACUGCACUGUUGCGGUCGUGUCAUUCCGAACUCACUCCGGAAAUGGGCCUCUGCAUCACGGAGUUUGCUCCUCGUGGUUGAAUCGUCUAACUAAGUCAGCAGUCGUUCCUUGUUUUGUAAGAAGGGCUCAGUCAUUCUAUCUGCCAGAAGACAAGAAUGCACCCAUUAUUUUGGUUGGCCCUGGCACUGGCAUUGCUCCUUUUAGGAGUUUUUGGCAGCAGCGCGUGUUCAUGAAUGAGCUGUCGCCUUUGAAAAGGAACAAGGUCGAAGUUCAGGAAAGCGAGCAGAAUGGGGAGGUACAAGCACAGGGAGACAUGUUGCUCUUUUUUGGUUGUCGUAAUCCUGAUCUUGAUCACAUUUACAAAGAGGAAGUCGCACAGCUGGUGCAAGAGGGAAUUUUGAAGAAUUCCUUUUGUGCUUAUUCUCGUGAUCCUAAUCAACCAAAGCAAUAUGUUCAAGAUCAACUGAAGCAGCAUGCCGACAUUGUCGUUCAGAAGCUUUUGAGAGAAUCUGGUCAUCUCUAUGUGUGUGGAGAUGUUUCGAUGGCUGCCGAUGUGACCAGGACCAUUGAAGCCAUUUUUCAAACAGAGACCGGAAUGUCAAGCAGUGAAGCUCGCAGCUCUGUUGAAGAGAUGAGAGCUAACGGGUUCUACCACGAAGAUAUAUUUGGAGUGACCCUGCGAACGGCUGAAGUAACGGAUCGCGUGAGAAAUGCCACUCGAAGGGCUUGGAGCAUUAUCGUUGAAUCACACGGAGAUGGCUCUCAGAUACUGGUACCCGCCCAAUCAAAGACUCAAGACAAGAAACAGAGCAUGAAGAAGAAGCUGAAGAUUGAAGUUGCUUCUAGUGAGACAAAGUCACGCCUUCGUCUUCCCAAUAGGAGAUUGCCAUCAGCCAGGAGUGAUAAUAGCAUUGCCGAACGAGAACUGCAGGCAGUGAAAGAGAAGCGAAGUCCUACACCAAAGUAGCUGCUUCGACUGAUGACUCUUAUGAUCCAUCUGCGCAGACGAAGAGACAGAGUAAUGUUUGUUUGUUUGCUUGUUUGCAUUUGACAAAGCAUUUGAUGUGCCAUUUCUGUGUGUAGACAUUAAUUAAGAAGUAUGCUUGACAUAUGUGCGUAUAGCAGAGUAGAAGGUUAUCAUGUAAGAAGUACCGGGUGCGUAGCGUUGUUUAGUUGUGGAGUUAAAAUUGUCGAAUUGAUUUGAAAUUGA